AUGCCUUUCACCACCGGAAAGGAAAACUUACUCCAGCUGAAUCGGAAUAGCUUCGACUUCAACCUACAAUUUGAGCAGCUAUUCUUCUCCAUCAUACCAUCUGCAUUAUUCAUUGUCACGUCAUUAUGGCGGACGUUAUGUCAAUUUCGAAAGCCUGUAGUUGUGAAUGCUCCCUUAUUCCAGCUAAUAAAAUUGGGUGCCAUCACAACCUAUGUGGGCCUUGAACUGUCCCUGCUCGUCCUGGUUGCGGUUGGAUCAUUCCAGAUAACCACAAUGUUCAUCGCUUCUUCAAUCCUCAACCUCGUAUCGGCCCUGUUCAUGAUAUUACUUAGUGUCUUGGAUCAUAGCAGAAGUCCGAGGCCGUCGACACUACUGAGCAGCUACUUGUUUUUGACUUUCCUCCUGGACGCGACUCAAGCAAGGACUUUGUUCCUGUCAUCAGACAACAGAAUCGAGAUCAGCUAUAGUAGUAUAUUCAGUGCUGCCCUAGCCCUCAAGGUAUGCAUUUUACUCCUGGAAGCUCAAGAAAAGUCCAGAUGGUUAGAUUGGGACGAAAAGAAGCACAGUCCAGAAGAAACAAGCGGUAUCUUCUCGCUUGGCGUCUUUUUCUGGCUGAAUAGGAUGUUCUUGAGGGGGUAUAGGAAAGUCCUGGCGACCGAGGAUCUCUAUCCCCUGGAUAGCUCCUUUGAUGCUACGUCGCUCAAUGAGGAGUUUUCCAGAAACAUGGACUACUCGAAGCUCAAGUGUGAUAAGUUUGGCCUUGUGAAGGUGCUGGUGCGGACAUUGAAAGGCCCCCUUCUUUUGCCCGUAAUUCCACGCCUCGCUUAUCUCGCUUUCACCUUUUGUCAACCACUUUUUCUUGAAAGGCUGUCGAACUAUUUGUCCCAACCCCGACUCGAUGCGAACACUGGUUAUGGAUUCAUCGGUGCUAGCCUGUUGAUUUAUUCGGGGCUGGCUAUUUCGUGGGCGUUCACAUGGUAUUUCCAUCACCGGAUGCGUACCAUGGCGACGUCUAUGCUUGUCACAGAGAUCUACAAAAAAGCAACAACAGCGCGUAUCGGAGCUGGUGAUGACAAUGCUGUUCUGACACUCAUGAGUACAGAUAUGGAGCGGAUAAAGAUGGGCUUAAGAUCGUUGCACGAAAUUUGGGCAAGCAUCAUCCAAGCUGGUCUGGCUGGAUGGAUGCUGUAUACAAGACUUGGUGUCGUGUUUGUCGCACCUAUGGGUGUUGUUGUUAUUUGCUUCUCCGGUUUGGCUAUUCUCACCAACUUUACUGGAGACUCGCAGAGAGCCUGGAUGGCAGGAGUUCAGAAACGUGUGGGUCUCACUGCUACAGUCAUUGCCAGCAUGAAGAACUUGAAAAUAUCUGGUCUAUCUGCGGCCAUUGGUGACUUCGUGCAGAGGCUUCGCGUUGAAGAAUUAGCGGCGGGUGCCCGCUUCCGCCAGCUGGCCAUCACUGCGGCCCUCCUUGCCUAUAUUCCACAAUUGAUGAGUCCGCCACUGACCUUUGCCUUCACGACACGAACUCUGGAUGCGACAAGGGUGUUUACGAGCCUGUCCUUUCUCACUCUCUUGACCAGCCCAUUUUCGCAAGUUUUUCAAUCUAUUCCUGGUCUUGUCUCAGCAAUAGCCUGUCUGGGCCGCAUACAGGCCUUUUUAGAGUGUGAGACUCAUCAUGAUUUUCGCCAAGUCUUCGCUAAAAUAACGAGUGAGACGGACGAAGUGAGAGGAAACGAUAAAAGUGACUUCGAUGGGGGUCUAGAUGAUCUCCACCACGUGGAAAUCAAAAACGGUUGGUUUGGUUGGGAGGCAGACAAGUUUGUCUUGCGAGAUGUGAGUACCCGAUUGCCUACAGCCUCGCUCACUAUCAUCGUGGGACCUGUUGGCUCUGGUAAAUCAACGCUUUGCAAAGCACUGCUUGGAGAAGUCCCUUUCAGCAAGGGCAAUGUGAUCAUAAGCACUAUGGCUACUCAUGUUGGGUUUUGUGAUCAAACUGCAUUCCUCUCAAAUGGGACCAUAAAGGAGAAUAUUGUCGGCUUUUCUCCUUUUAAUGAAGCGAGGUACGAAGAAGUCAUCGACGCGACAGCUCUGAAACAUGACAUAGCCACGCUUCCUCAGGGUGACGAAUCUAACAUUGGAUCUGACGGAAUCGCUCUAUCCGGAGGCCAGAAACAGCGUGUUUCUCUCGCACGAGCUCUGUACCUGCAUUCCGAGCUUUUAGUGCUGGAUGAUGUCUUCAGUGGCUUGGACGCAGACACAGAGGAGGAAGUAUUCAGAAAAGUCUUCGGACCGGAUGGCCUGCUCCGACGACGACGCGCGACAGUUCUCUUAUGCACUCACAGCAUCAGACAUCUCCCUGCGGCGGAUCAUAUAAUAGCACUUGGCAACAACUCUGUCGUCGAGCAGGGCAGUUAUGCUACGCUGGCAACAAGGCAAGGAUAUGUUCAGCGUCUAGGAUUAACGGAAACCCGCAAAAGCGAUGUGACACAUGAGAAAGCGCCAUCGAAAAGGACAAUACGGAGCUCUAAGAACGAUGUCUUAAAUAGAACGAUAUCUAUCACUUCAUCACUGGGAUCCAAUAUGCAGCAAUCGCGGCAAGUAGGCGACAAAGCCGUAUACAGGCAUUACUUCAAGAGGAUGGGGCUGUUUGUAGCCGCAUGCAGUGUGAUCUUCGCCGCUUUGUGGGGGUUCUUCAUUAACUUUGCAACAGUUUGGCUCACCUACUGGACCGAUGAUAUUGGCUCCAACCGACCGGCGCAUUCUUCCGCAUACUACGCUAGCAUCUAUGCUACGUUCCAAAUAUGCUGCAUGAUAUCCCUACUUGUCACGGCGCUCGCGCUCCUCAUUAUUGCAGUGAAACGAGCUGGUGCUGGUCUACACCAGGAAGCCUUGCGAACAUUGAUCCAAGCGCCACUUCAAUUUUUUACCAAUACGGAUACGGGAAUCGUGACAAAUUUGUUCUCGCAGGAUCUGAAUUUGAUAGACACAGAGCUACCCGAGGCCACACUCAACACCAUUGUUUGUGUUUUUGAAGCGAUCGGACAAGCGGCUGUCAUGCUCACUUCGUCUUUGUACUUGGCCAUCAGUUAUCCUUUCCUUGCUGCCCUACUCUAUGUGGUUCAGAAGUUUUAUCUUCGGACAUCAAGACAGCUGAGGCUCCUCGAUCUUGAGGCUAAAAGUCCCUUAUACACGCAUUUCCUUGAUACUCUCAAGGGCAUCACGACUAUCAGAGCCUUCGGCUUCCUUACAAACGAAGUCGAAAAGAAUUCUCGCUUAGUCAAUAGCAGUCAGCAGCCUGCUUAUCUUCUGCUUAUGAUCCAAGAGUGGUUGAACCUUGUUCUCAACCUUGUGGUAAUGGUGAUAGCAGUGGUGCUGACGAUAUUGGCUGUUCGGCUUCAUUCAAACUCCGCCUUCGCUGGUGCCUCUUUGGUCUCUCUGAUGAGCUUCGGAGAUAGCAUUUCCGGUAUUGUCAUCUUCUACACAAAACUAGAGACGUCCAUUGGAGCAAUCGCGCGACUCAAGGCUUUCAAAGAAACCGUGAAGCCGGAGGAUACAGACAGCGAGAAUAUAAUCCCUUCUGAACAGUGGCCCCAGAGUGGCAUAGUCGAGCUCAAAGGCGUAUCCGCAAGUUAUGGGAGUAACCCCGCUGCUGAGAAUGGAUCAAACCACACGCCCACUCUUGCCCUCCGUAACAUUCAACUUUCCAUCAGCGCCGGCUCUAAAGUUGCCAUCUGCGGACGGACCGGCAGCGGCAAGUCCAGCCUUAUUGCCCUCCUGCUUAAACUCCUCGACCCCCUCCCAGAAACGGCCAUGAACGCAACCAUCGACAACACUCCGCUCCACCGAAUCAACCGACCUACCCUGCGCCAGCGUAUCAUCGCAGUUCCCCAGGAAGCCGUAUUCCUACCAGACGGUUCCACCGUACAAGCAAACCUAGACCCCUCCUCCGUUUCCACAUCUGAAGAAUGUCAAUCCAUCCUUACCACUGUGGGGCUGUGGGAUUUUGUUCAGGAUCGUGGUGGCUUGAAUGCUGGCAUGAGUGCAGGCACGUUCAGUGCCGGCCAGCGUCAACUCCUGUCGCUUGGCCGUGCACUUCUGAGACGUCGUGUCCGGGCAAAGAAAGGCUCAGACAAUGGGAUACUGCUGCUGGAUGAGGUCAGCUCCAGUGUGGAUCAUGAGACGGAGCGAGUGAUGCAGAAUAUCAUCCGGACGGAAUUCAGACACUAUACCGUCAUUGCUGUGAGCCAUAGGCUGGACAUGAUCAUGGAUUUUGAUCGCGUGGUUGUGAUGGAUACGGGAGAGAUUGUGGAGAUUGGGAACCCUGCGGAAUUGGCGGCGCAGCCGGAGUCUCGGUUCGGAGAUUUGGUCAGGACAAGUGCUAAAUGA